AUGGAACCACCUUCUCGAUUGGAAUUUUCAAAUUCAUCAGGAGGGUGGGUUGAUUGUUCUGCCUCCGGAAGUCCACAGCCAACAAUUGACUGGUUGUCAAUUGAUGGCACUUCAAUAGGAGACGUCGGAGGUAUCCGACGAGUUCUUCGUAAUGGGACAUUAGUCUUACUCCCAUUCCCUGCGGCAGCUUAUAGACAAGACAUACACAGUACGAUUUAUCGGUGUGUAGCAAAUAAUCGCGUAGGAAGAAUAAUAUCACGAGAUGUUCAAGUGCGAGCGGUUGUAGCACAAUCGUACAAAGUAGAUGUUGAACUAUUGGCAGCGUCGAGAGGUUGUACAGCAAUACUAAGAUGUGUUUUGCCUAGUUUUGUCAAGGAUUUAGUUAGAGUUGUAUCUUGGGUACAAGAGCCAUCCUUUUUCAUAUAUCCAUCAUUACAAGGAGAUGGAAAAUAUCAUUUACUGCCGAGUGGAGAACUUUUGAUACAUAAUUUAGAUAACAGUGAUAGAUUUGCAUCUUACCGUUGCCGCACAAUGCACAAAUUAACACGUCACGUUGUUAUAAGUAAUUCCGCGAAAAUUCGUUUAAAUGGUUUGUACUGUGAUCAUCGAGGAAUUAUAUCUCCAAGUAUAGUUGAACAUUCAGCGGUAGUUUCAGUUUCACAAGAUGAAGGUGCAGUGUUGCUUUGUGUAGCACAAGGUUGUCCAUCAGUUGAAUACAGAUGGUACACAAACAAUGGUCCGGAACCUAUGCCUGUUAUAAGUGGACCUAGAAUACGUUUACUAGGACCUGUAUUAGCUAUUGAGGCUGUCACAUUAGAAGAUGCUGGAACAUACAAAUGUUCAGCUUCGAAUUCUGGAGGGGAAGCGAGUGCUGAAUUAAAAUUAUCGGUUUCAACUCCAAUCCAGGUGGAAAUUUCACCUAACGUUCUUAGUGUCAACAUGGGUGGAACAACAGAGUUUCGAUGCAUUGUGACGAGUAAUGGAAUACCUGUGACUGCACAACAAAUAACAUGGUUUAAAGAUGGCCGCCAGCUACCGACCUCUGGAAGAAAUGGAGAUACAUUGUUGCUUUCAUCAGUGGGAAGAGAAGACAAAGGAAUGUAUCAAUGUGUCGUUCGAAGACAAGAAGGCGAUACAUUUCAAGCUUCUGCUGAACUCCAGUUGGGAGACGCUCCACCUGUUUUAAUGUAUAGUUUUAUUGAACAAACGCUGCAGCCUGGACCUCCCGUUUCGUUGAAAUGUUCAGCAACAGGAAAUCCAACACCUGAAGUGACUUGGGAGUUAGAUGGAUUUCCUUUACCAUCAAAUGGAAGAUUCAUGAUUGGGCAGUAUGUGACACCGCAUGGAGAUGUAAUUGCACAUGUGAACAUUACUCACGUUAUGGUUGAAGAUGGAGGUGAAUACGCAUGUAUUGUUGAAAAUCGUGCAGGCAAGACAAGUCACUCUGCGAAAUUAAAUGUUUAUGGACUUCCGUACAUUCGUUUGAUACCCAAAGUCACUGCAGUUGCUGGAGAAACUCUUCAUCUUAAAUGCCCAGUUGCUGGAUAUCCAAUCGAAGAGAUUCACUGGGAGCGAAGUGGAAGAGAACUUCCCGAAGAUAUUCGACAGAAAGUUCAGACCGAUGGAACUUUAAUGAUCCAUCCCGUUCAGAAAAAAGAUGAUUCCGGAGUAUACACAUGUUGGGCCCGAAAUAAACAAGGCCAAAGUGCUCGACGCAGUGGAGAAGUCAAUGUCAUAGUUCCACCUAAAAUAAAUCCAUUUCAUUCGUCAACUAUUUUAUUAAAUGUUGGCGAUCGGGCUUCAAUAACUUGUUCCAUUAUAAAAGGCGAUACUCCACUAAGCGUAAAAUGGUUAAAAAAUGGAAUUUUCAUUGAUCCUAGCCAACGAAUAUCGAUAACACAAGUGGAUCAAUACAAUUCUAUUCUCGUUAUUGAACAUUUAUCGGCAUCUCAUUCUGGAAACUAUUCUUGUGUUGUUAGCAAUCCCGCAGCUGAGGUGGAGAGUACACAAGCUUUAUUAGUAAAUGUGAUUCAACCAUUUUCAUUCCAAGAUGGUUUAGCUGAAGGCAUGAGAACUAGAACUAUUUGUGGAGUUUCUCGAGGCGACCCGCCUCUACAAUUAAACUGGUUAAAAGACGGUCAAACUCUAAUGCCAGCACUAGGUGCAAAUGUGUCUUCACUUGAUCCAUUUACAUCUAUUUUAAGUAUAACGUCUCUUUCUCACUCGCAUUCUGGGGAAUAUACAUGCGUAGCUAGUAAUCAAGCGUCAGAAGUUAAGCAUACAGCAUUAUUGCAAGUAAAAGGUAACGUAGUUCCACCAAGAUGGAAAAUAGAGCCAAAAGACGUAAAUGUUGAACGUAAUCAACAUGUUACGCUUAACUGCCAAGCAGAUGGUGUCCCCAUUCCAACAAUUAUAUGGAAAAAAGCAACCGGAAGUAAAUCUGGGGACUAUGAAGAAAUUAGAGAAAAGCCUUACACAAAGUUACUUUCGAAUGGUUCACUUUUGCUUCAACAUGUAAAAGAAGACCGUGAAGGGUUUUAUAUUUGUACAGCUAAUAAUGGCAUUGGUACAGGCAUAGGAAAAGUUAUUCAAUUAAAAGUGAAUUCACCGCCAUACUUUGCAACUCCUUCUCGAAUGGUGAAUGUUAAAAAGGGCGAUACUGCUGUAUUACAAUGUGAAGUGAAUGGUGAUAAGCCUAUCAAUAUUGUGUGGUUGCUUGGAGGAAAAUAUGAAAUUAAUCCUUCUACGAAUUAUCGAGUUUCAAUAAAACAAGAUGCAACUCCCGAAGGAAUUUCCGCUGAAGUUCAAAUCAACCAUGUUGAAAGUUCAGAUUCUGGCCAAUACUUUUGUCAGGCUAGUAAUCUUUAUGGUCGUGAUCAACAGCUUGUGCAAUUACAAGUGCAAGAACCACCACAGCCACCUUCGUUAUUAGAAACAUCAAUAGUCUCCAGUCGAUCCAUAAGUAUCAAGUGGCAACCAAGAGGUGGAGAUGCAGCUGAAGUCACGAAAUAUAUUGUUGAGUAUCGAGAAAUUGCCCGCCAGUGGCAAUAUUUAGAAAUAUCCGAUCCACCUCAAUACACCGCUGUUAUUGAUAAUUUAAAACCAGCAACAAAAUAUGCAUUUCGUGUCAUUGCUGCAGGGCCUGCUGGCAAAAGCAUUCCAAGUCAAGAGCUUAUCAUCAAAACUGAACCACAACGACCAACUGGUACACCUUUAAGCUUAUCAGCAAGACCAAUUUCAUCAACAGAAAUUCUAAUUAAUUGGCUUCCACCUCUUUUUGAGUUGCGACAUGGAGAAAUUCAGGGAUACAACAUUGGCUAUAAAAUGACCACAGCACAGUCAAAUGUUUAUAACUUUUCAUCUACAUCAGGAGAUGGUGAAGAAGGAACUGGUGAAAUGAUUCUAGCUGGCUUAUCAAAAUACACAAGAUACACCAUUGUUGCUCAAGCUUUUAAUCAAAUUGGCCUCGGCCCCUUAUCUGAACCUGUAUCUGCUCAAACAAUGGAAGAUGUUCCAAGUAAACCACCAAAUGAUUUAAGAUGUGUUGCAUUGACUUCAACAUCAUUACAAGUUUCUUGGCAACCACCGCCAGUAAAUCAUCAAAACGGACUUUUGCUAGGAUAUAAAAUUUCAUCUGAACCAAUGGCUGAUAUAAGUGAAAAUGACGAUAUGGAUACAAGGAAGACAACAGCUCUAACAAUAGUUUUAACAUCGCUUAAAAAGUUUUGCAACUACAGUGUUCAAGUUCUUGCUUAUUCUCGAAUGGGUGACGGUGUCAUAUCUCAACCAAUUUUCUGUCAUACAGAAGAAGAUGCCCCAGAAGCACCGAGUGAUAUUAAAGUGGUUGUGAGCUCAUCAAAUUCACUUUACAUCUCAUGGCUUGAGCCAAAAGAUCCAAACGGUAUCAUAACAAAAUAUAAUCUUUAUUCACGCCAAGUUAAUGGCCGAGAAGAAAUGAAUAAUGAUAAACGCGUUCUACCAUCACAACAAACUUAUUUUGAAGCAACAGGGCUUCAAGCACACACGGAAUAUCAGUUUUGGAUCACUGCAUCGACACGUGUUGGUGAAGGGAAAAGUUCAAGGGUUGCAUCACAAAUCAUUUCGAAUAGAGUAGCAGCUAGAAUCAUAUCAUUUGGUGGGCCAAUAAUUCGACCGUGGAAGACUUCAGCUUCACUUCAUUGUCUUGCUGUUGGAAAACCAAGACGAGAAUGGUUCAAAAAUGAUGUCCCAUUGAAAUCAAUUGUAUUUUAUAACGGUCAGGUUCAAGAUUCAGGUGAACUUUUUAUAGCGAAUCUUCAAGUGUCUGAUUCAGGAAAUUUCACAUGCCAAGUUGAAAACGGAAUUGGUUCAGACAGAGUGACGUAUAGCGUAAUAGUUCAAGUUCCACCUUCACCACCUGUUCUCUAUGUAACAAGCGCUACUGCCACUAGUAUUUUAAUGCAUUGGAAAAAUAGUGCAAAUGGAAAUGCUCCAAUUGUUGCUUACACAUUACAUUUUAAAAGAUCUCAUGGAAGUAUUGAAGAGAAGCAUUUGUCACGUCACGCAUCAAGUCACGAGUUGAAGGAUUUGAAAUGUGGAAGUACUUACAACAUAUACUUAACAUCACAUAAUAAAAUUGGAUCAAGUUUGCCAAGCACAACUCUUCACGUCAAAACACAAGGACAAGCACCAGGAAUUCCUAUUCCUCAGCAAUUAAUAUUUCCCAAUUCUUCUUCAGUUCUUCUUCGACUUAACGCAUGGCCCGACAACGGUUGUCCUAUUUUAUAUUUCGUCCUUCAAUACAGAAUAAUCUCUGAUGAUGGUGAAGAUCAAUGGACAUUAGUGUCAAAUGCUUUGAAACCUCAAAGACGAUUUACUAUAUCAAGUCUUAAGCCUUCUACAUUAUAUCAAUUGAAAAUAGAAGCUCAUAAUGUUGCAGGUUCAACAACACAAGAUUUCACUUUUGUAACGCUCACCAUACACGGAGAUUCACCUCCGAUUGAUAUUGAACAAAGAAGAAAUAGGUCGAAAUAUUCUUUAAGCGAUCCUAGAAUAAUUAUUUCAGUCAUCAUCCUAGUUACAGUCAUUAUCUGCUUGAGUGCUAUUUUUAUUGUCUGCUUCAAAUACCGCCAAAGAAAAAAGCAUAGAAAAGAAGCUGAAGAUACUUUGAAGAAGGCGGAAAUUCAACGUGAUCGCUACUAUGCAACAAUACACAAAGUUUCUCUUCAUGGUGACAAAAUUCCAGAAUCAUCCGAAGAUAUCAGCCCAUAUGCAACCUUUCAGUUGUCAGAAGCUAGCACUUUGGCGCAACCUCAACAUCCUGGAACGGCGAAUACACUUUUACAUUCAUUUAUGUACCAUGAACGUGCUAUGACCGAAGGAUGUGCAUCUCAACCACCACAAGUGUUGAGAUCACUUCAUAGCCAAUCGCCUUAUUAUAAUAUUACAUCAAAAGGAAAACGUCGACAUUCUAGAAAGGAUCCUGAUAGUGAAGAAUCUGAAUCCGAUCCCGAUCAGCUCACAUCGAGUCGAACUGAAUCUUCCAAUCAAUUGGAAACUAAAUUGAAGCAUAGAACUGUUCCUUCGAAAGGUAUCAUUUACCAUGGAGCACAAUCUUCAACAUCUUCCGAUCUAUCACCGCCUAUGUCAGACGCACAAAAAUCUAUAUCACGUCGUGGCAGAACAAGGUAUCACCUUCAUCAUAUAAACACUAACACUACACCAAGGCAUAAUAAAACAAAAACUACAUUAAACAGCCCAUUAUCUUCCCCACGUAACAGUUGUAGUAUAUUUUCAUCGAACAGUAGUCAAAUAGUUGCUAAUAGUAAUCAAAAUAGCAUGCCUUCAUCCCAAUUUCGUCCAAUUCAUAAUACCAGAACUAUUAAUCUUACUAAAAUAAUUCCGAAUUAA